AGAUCAUCCUUUCAAAGGAUCGACGAGUCUCUAUUUUCGAGACACAGCUGGCAGCUGCACUUUGGCUCGUGUUUUUUUUUUUUAAGUGACGCGUCACACGUCUUUCUUCAGCCUUCUCACGACGUCGCGGGGAACAUGGGCGAUGUGAGGAAGGGAUACGUGGACACAGAGGCCGGGCAAAUCCACUACCGCAGAUGCGGCCAAGGCCCGCCGUCCAUCCUGCUGCUGCACUCUGCCGCCCAGUCGUCCGCCAUGUUCACAUCAGCGCUCAAGCGAAUGGCGGCGGCCGGCCUGCAUGCCGUGGCGCUAGAUCUGCCCAACUGCGGGGAGUCGUGUCGUGCCGCGUCAGCACGCGCUGAUUCCGCGCAAGCAGCUCAGCUCCCGGGCGGCGAACUGACCAUGGUUGACGUGGCGAACCUCGUGCUUCAAGCUGCUCAUGCACUUCAAUUUGCACCGCCGUUUGACAUCGUGGGCCACGAGGCUGGUGCCACAGUGGCGCUGCACAUAGCGGCGGAGCUGCCGCACGUGGUGCGGCGCGUGGCGCUGUGGGGCGUGCCCAUGCUGGGCUUCAUGGAGCGCGGGGACGGCCAGGGCGUGCCGUGGCAGCUGAAGGUGCGCACGCUGAUCGGCGCGCUGCAGACGUUUGAGCGGCGGCCGUGGCUGUCGCGCGCCAUGGCUGUGGUGGACCACGGCGACCUGCUGCGGAGGAUCCAGUCGCCCGUGCUCUGCAUGGCGGGGGAGGGCGAGCCCCUGCACAAGGCGACGAGGAAGGCCGCCCUGAUGUGCAAGAGCGGCGAGUACAUGGACAUGGGCGCGGCGGGGCGCGACGUGGUGGACGAGCUGCCGGACGACUACACCAGCGCCGUGCUGCACUUCCUCUGCGCCCACGCCCCCUCCGCUGGCCCCGCGGAACGAACCAGCUACUCCGUGCCGCCUGCUGAUGUGGCGGGGGGUGUUGAUCGGCAGCUGUCUGACCUAGAAAUGAAGGAGGGCGGCGGCGGGCACCGUCCACUGCAGAAGCAUUUGUCGCACAAUGCGGUCCUGAUGAGCAAGGGACAGAGCGGGCCUCAGCAUACACAUGGGCAUGGGCAUGGGCAUGGGCAACAGCAUGGCGGGCAUGGGCAUGGGCACGGGCAUGGGCAUGGGCAUCGGCAUGGGCAUGGGCAAUCGCAUCAAGAGCAGGCAAGGGAGAAGUGGUGCGAUGCACGCGCACCUGCACAGGGCGAGGCGGAGCAGCGGGAGGGGGGCACGGAGGCAAGGGAGGUGGCGGGGCAGCAGGGGCGGAGCGGGGGCGAGAGCAUGAGCAGCAUGGCGACAUCUCCCAGCAUGGCGUCGUCGCCCAUCAUGGCGUCGUCGCCCACCAGCCGGUCGUCCACGGAGAGCGAGGAGCGGCGCACGUCGGGCGGGGAGAAGCGCACAAAAGGCCGCAUCAAGUCAUUCUUCAGAGGGAAGAUCAGCGCGUGAGGGGAGAGCAGCGUUUAACGGAGGACGCCGAUUGAUGGCUGCGCAUGUGCCCCACUUAGUGCCCUUGAGGAGCCCUUGAGGAGCCCUUGAGGAGCCCUUGAGGAGCCCUUGAGGAGCCCUUGAAGAGCCCUUGAGGAGCCCUCGAGGAGCCCUUGAGGAGCCCUUGAGGAGCCCUUGAGGAGCCCUUGAGGAGCCCUUGAGGCACGCAGCCCUUGAGGCACACAGCCCUUGAAGAAGAAAGCACGGACCUUUACGCCCGCAGGAAUGUCGUAUGAAGAGCAGCGCGCACCUUGUGAGGCUGAGCAGGCUGGGAAUCAGUCACACGUGCGCCGCUUACACAAGUGCUGCUGCGCCUCUAUUCUUGUAUGGCCUUGGCCUAGGGCCUGGCCCGUUAUAGGUAGCCUUUUUGCUGCACCAGUGCAGCGCAUAGGUGGCUUGAUAUAUGGUAUGUAUGUAGCAUCAGCUUGAGUG